UGAGUGUAUUCCUGCCUGUAAUAAAUAAUUCCUUCCCAGGAAAGUGAAGGAAACUUCUAUUACGAAAAGAUUUUGAACCGUGUCGGGAUUUGAACUCAGACAUAAUCAGCAGUGCACUUGCUGUACAGCUGGGUGUCAAUCGGCUUGGUAUACGAACCCUAAACCUAAUACCUUAUCUCUGUAAUAUUGGCGAUUGAAUAUUACAACAUCUUGUCUUAUCACUGGCGUAUUAGAUAACAUGGAACACAUCACUUCCAGGUAUCGAAAAUAUUGCUAACCCCGGUUCAAUAAGCAGUGUGAUUUUCGCUUUGAUUGUAACCACCACGUCGAAUUGCACAAUAUGAAAUCUUUGAUUUCGUUCGUCAUACUUUUGAUUGCGUUCAGCAGAACAUUCGAAGCGUUUUACCUUGCCUUAGGGUCGCGAUUACCAGGUGAUAAGCUGCUUUAUUCGUUCUACCUCGAAAGUGGACCACAUGCGGAAGCGCGGGAUAUCAUGCUUACUUUCGAUUAUCGAGUAGACUACCUAAUUAUGAGCCGUGAAUUUUUAACCGUGAUUAAUUUCACUCGCCCAGACGAUGACCUGAUGCCGAACUUCUUCGGCAGUGUUGAGCUGAGCUCGACCCAUCUGUUCAUGACGCCGGUCCGACGGAAUGUUACCAGCUGGUGGCUGCAGGGAGAUUUGUACGGAUUCGAUGAGGAGCCCUUCCCAGCGAACUAAACUGAGCCAUAUGUGAUGAUAACAUACGACGACGUGACACGAAACUCAUCCAACUGGAUUUGCAUUUUACUCGGAAAGGCAGCACAUUGGCUGCUUGCCACGGUUUGUUUCCGACGGGAAGUGGAUAGAUGCGGUCACCAUCCGUAAAACUGAUGCGGAAUGCUACUCAAAAUCCGUUUAAUUCUACUCCAAAUAAAGGUUUGAAACAGCUGUUUGUACUGCGUUCACUUCUUUUUCA